ACGGAUCCGGUUCCCGAUCCAGCGCCGCCAUCUUGGGUCCCCGCACGCUGUCACCGGUCCACGUUGAGAGCGACGAGGAGGCGGCGGCGGCUUUGGACAUCGCACACAAGGCAGUCUUCGUUCUCUCUUCUCUACCUUUAACACCGACACACAAGCGCGUGGUGACGGUGCCAUGGCCACCGAGUACAUCAGCGAGCUGGACAGCCGCUUCUUUGCCGACAACCUGCUCAUGAAGGAGGACUGGGAUGGCUGCCUCUAUGACCUGGAAAACAUGGACAUUCCAGACGACCCCGAAGACCCCUUUGGCAUCCUUCGCGAUCAUUCCCAUAUGGACGAAGACAAUGACAUCGAGCUCAAGCUGGAAUCUCUCUCCCCCUCCUCGUCAUCGUCGUCCUCCAGUGACCCCUGGUCACACGUUUACACCGAAAUUUUCCAAGACGUGCUAAUAAAGGAGGAGCCUCCCUCUCCACCCUCAUCCAACUCGUCCGAGGUCCUCAUCAGCACCGUGGUGGAGUCUUCACAAAAGCACGCGGCAAGCGCUGCACCGUGCCUGGGAGUGAAGUUGGAGGGGCCACCAACACCGCCGUACUGUGUGGGGGACAUUCCCUCCCCGCCACGGACGCAGGCUUCAGGCUCCCCACCCAGCCAAACCCAGGCCAUCCUGGAGUGGCCCAAACGGGAACCCAAGCAUGAGGCUCUUGCACCGACCACAGGGUUGGUGCCAACUCAGUGCCAGCAGAAGGCACCCCAGUUGCUACAGUCCAACCUUGCUCUGCCUUCUGGCAUCACUGCAGCACCCAACACCACCAAAACCCUUAUCCUGCAGCCGGUGACUUCCCUGGUGCCACAAACCAUCGCUUUCCAGGCAAAGCCUGCUGCCCAACCGGUGGUCCUAUCCACAGGUGGGCUCACUCGCCUGCCAGCCCAGUGCCUUCUCAAGCAGCCGCAGCCUGGACUCGGCCGCACGCAGCUUGCACAUGGACCGUGCAACCUGCCCCAGGGUGGCCUGGCAAACGGACUAUCAAAUGGCACAGCUAAUGGCGUUGUUGUCAAGGGAAUGGCCAAUGGCCUGACAACCAAGAUGGAAAAUGGGGUGACGGGUACGUCGGUGGCUGGUUUGUGUUCUCCGACGUUUGUGGGCUCCAUGUCUGCUUCUGCGCCGGGUGCCUGCCUGUCACCGCCUGCCAGUACAGCACCACCCACCACUGCUGCUGCCGCCGCCGCCGUCGUCAAGAGAAUUGUGCCCCUACAACCGCCGUCGAGAGACCCGUACGGCAGGGACGUCGACGUGAAGGUGCUGAAGAGGCAGCAGCGCAUGAUCAAGAACCGCGAGUCAGCCUGCCAGUCCCGGCGCAAGAAGAAGGAGUACGUGACGGGCCUGGAGGCGCGCCUUCGAGACGCGCUGGGCGAGAACGAGCGGCUCCGGAGAGACAACGCGGAACUCAAGCAGAGGCUGGAGGGGCUGAUAACCGAGAACACCCAGUUGAAAGGAGGCGGUGUAUCGGGCAGACGCGCUGUGUGCGUCAUGGCUCUCUUUUGCUUCCUGGCAUUGACGUGGAGUCCUGGCAGGUUCAUGGACAGCGACACGGUGCCGAUGGCCGCGGUUCAGUCUCCCGCGGAGCUGACGCUGAGACACGGGCGGCACUUGCUGGCGGUGCCUCCCGAGCCGCCUGCCUUCCACACCCAGCCCCACCCGCACAGCCCCCGCAAGCACCAUGUCUACACGAACAAGACAACAUCCCUGGCCAAUGGAAAAGAGUUGCUGGUGACUGUGAACAGCUCCCUACCCAGCCUCCGGCCACCGUCAUGCCCACACUUCAAUAAGACCGAGUCCCUCCGACUUGCAGAUGAACUGAGAGGCUGGGUGUACCGGCAUGAGGUUGAGCGGCGCAAAGUGACUAAACGGUGGCAGCCCAAGCCGCCCAGCCCACCGAAAUUCACCACCAAGCGGUCAUCCAUUGGGCGAAUCCUGUCCAUACCUCACCCUGACGCCACCAGGGCAAUGCCCUCCAAUCAGCUUCAGUUGUAUGGAGGCCCGGCGCAGGGAUACAUCGACUUCCUGGAGGCAAUUGACAGACAAGAUGACACCUUCUACGUUGUUUCCUUUAGCCGGGAUCAUCUUCUGCUGCCUGCUAUGAGCCAUAACAAGACGCGGAGGCCCAAGAUGUCUUUGGUCAUGCCGGCCAUGGCUCUCAACGACUCGCUGGUGGAUGCUGGCCCGGCCGGCUACGAGACGAUGAUGCAGGUGGACUGCGAGGUGACCAACACGCGCAUUGUGCGCAUCCGCAGCUCCUCGGUACCGCCCAGCCUACGUCGAGCGUCCCACGACAACGCCACGGGCUCCUACUCCACCAACAAGGACACGAGCCCGCAGGACCCCACUCACAGGGACGACCCGCCCUUGCGCACGAGAGCGGCCCUCUCCAGGCGGCGGCUCGAACGGGCAGCUUCCCAAAACGCCUCGGAUGCCUACAGGAAUGCUCAGGUCCCCGUGACCAUCGACGGGGAGGGUGACUUUUAGGGCGCGAACGAUUUUAAAUUAUUUUUACGUCGUUUGUUAUACAUGUCACCAAAAGGAGUCCCCACAACAAUCACCUUUGACAAAGAUAUGAGGAGCCGAGUGCCCAAAAUGACUGUAUUUCAGAAGGAAAGACAAUUUUUUUGGUAAUUUUUCUCAAAAAAUGUUUACAACAGGCAUUGAUGUUAAUGCAGCAGCACCGCGGACACCCGUAUGUCGGGCUGUAAGAACCCUGCACAUUUCCUCACAUCGGUGCAUACAGCUGUGUUGCGUUAGCCAACCAGGAACACCGCAUUUUCGUCAAUUAACUGUUAAUAGCAAUUAAUAUUCAAAGCGCUUUGGAAAUAUUUAACAGUAUAUAUUUUAGAAAGCUAAUUCAUGCCACCUCCGCCCAGAAUCAUGAGAAAUACGUUGGCAUUUUAUGCAAUGCUCCAAUCACCGACCGAGACAUUUGCGGUUGAUCCCUACUGCGUUUAACCAACACCGCUGUAAAUUCUGGAUAUGUCAGCUAUACUUGGUGACCCUAUGAACUUUCCACUGUGCGGUGAGAAGAAAUGCAGGACAUUAAACAAUUUUAUGCAUUCACCUAACUCGUAAUCCUGACACAGCGCGCAAUUCAGUUGUCAUCCAUAAAUAUCACCGAUGGCAAAUAGCUUACCAUGCAAGAUGAGUUGUAUAUGUUUUGAUUUAUUCCAUGGGUAAAUUCCCCCACCCAUUAGAACUCCCUCUAUGAUGCUGUCAGAGACCGUAGCUCUUCCAAUUGUCGUUAAUGAAUGCGAAUUGAUUUUAUGCACAAUACACAUCAGAGACCUGUCUAGGACCAAGUUUACUACAGCGCGCAUUGCCCAGCGGCCUUUAUAUCUGAGGUGUGCACACUGCCUCCCCUAUAAUCAUUGACCACUGGCUUGGUUUGUGUCACCCGGUUUCAUCUGGCAUCAUCUGUUGUACAUUACUGUCCGAUAGUGUGCGACUUACUGGCUGCAACAUUAACUGGCAAGUCAUGUGUAUGUACUGUUAAUAUUAUUUGUUAUAUGCCUAUUAGCAUGAUAGAAACAUGAAUCACUUUUUUAUUAUUUAAAAAUAUACGCAAAGAAUAUUUGAUCCAGUUGUAUGCAGACGUUAGUCUAUACUAGGAUAUCUUGCAUAUACAUGGUGUUUCUAUGUAUGUGGAUCAUGUAUGCAUAUGUGUGUGUGUGUGUACAUGUACAUACAUGUUUUUGCAUAUAAUGAUGGCCAGAUUUCGCCUGUGGAUUAUACUGCUUGUCUUUUUUUUAGACUUCCCAGUCUGACUAUUUUUGUUUUCUUUGUUGAAUAUUGUAGCGGUUAUAAAUAUUUAUACAUGAUUAUUUUCCCCCUGACCUAUAGUAGGUAUAUGUAGUACUUAGUCGUUAGCAUUGCAAAGGGAAAUACAUGCUAAAGGGUCCAAUGAUUUGUUCUGAAAUAGAAACCAAAAUUACGGCGACUGCUUCAGAGUCUGGUGUGGAUUUGGUGUGGGAAAUGAUUUAUUCAAAUGUUUUUAAUUUAAUGUCUAGUUUUUGUUUUGUCCCUUACAGUACUUAAAUGCUGCACUGACGUUUGAAAAAACUCAACGUUGGGCCAAUAUGACAGGAGACUUUUCCAUGAGAAGCAUAGGCUCAAUGAUUAAUGAAUUGUAUUAACCCAUUCCUGCUCUCAGCACAAUCUGCACUCAGCCUGUGAAAGCCAAUAUAUUGUGUGCCCCCUUUUCUCCUAAUACGCUACACGUGAAACCAGUGCAUUGCAAAGUGUCUUGAGGAGAGAGUCCCUUUCAUGUUCGAGCUAUUUAGAGUCAGUGGUGGAAAUCGAGUCGCCCAAGGAUUAACCACUGUUGACGUUGACUUCCCGCAAAGUGAUACUUAUUUUAUCAGCCCCCAGAUAAAUGAUGGGCUGAUUGUUGACUGUAAUAUGACCUCCGUGACCUUCCGAUUGAGUUUCGCUCUUGCCGCAGUGCCACCUACCCAGAUAACCCAAGAUGGUUUCUGUACGUCUUGAAAAAGUGGCUUCUGUCCAAUGUUUCAGAAGUGUAGCUCUUGAGUCCGUUUUUAAGUUUUUAAUGUGGCUUUGAACGUUCGUAUCUAUUGAGUGACACUUUGCAUUGGAAUAUUUAAACUAAUAAUAGAUCACUUUGUUCAAGCUUAUGAAGUUACCCGUGAGAUCACAAGUCUGGAGUAUCAUGAAUUGAGCAUUUUAACCUCUAGAACAGGCGGUCAGCCAUGAAGCAUGAAUCAUGAGGUGAUGCAUCUCCAGGCGAAGCACCGCUGCCUGAUUCACGUUGUGCACAUUAUUGUCAUGCAAGCAGGAAUUACAUCCCCCGUUGCGCUGUCAAUGAAUUACAGUCCGUUUUGGGGGAACCAUAUGAUUGUGCUUUCAUGGCACUGGUGUGGACUCCCUCGUAUGACCAACUCGCCCGGAAUGUGUCAGACCUCGGAAGUUUAGUGGGAUUAAGCCUGGAUCGUGCUUGGAUGGGAGAUCGAGCCGGCGACCUCUGGGUUGCAAGUCCAGUGAGCAAACCGUUACACCAGGGCAGCAUCCAAUAUGCUCUACGCUUUUGAAUGUGUCACUGAAGCUUUGUUGAGAAAACAUUAAAAUUAGUUUUCAUGAACUAGAAAAUGAUGGUUGUGUAUGAUUUCCAUUGUCAUUGAUUUGACUGUUUCUAACUAUUUAACGUACCAAGUAAAUACAUGUAACCCCAAUGAAUUUACGAUCGAAACAUAGAUGAAUUAUUUACAAUUAUGAAGUAAAAUGUAGACAUUACACAUCUUUCGCAUUGACUGUGACACACAGAUGGCAACUAAGCAAUAACGUGCCAGAAUUUGUAGACUGAAGGGUGGCUGUCUAGUCGGUGUUCGGCAGGCACAACACUUAAUAAGCCUGAUGAGAAAAUCACUUUCUUCUUCAUAGCCACGGUCAAUGUACUGCUGGAUGAAGACCUCCCCAAGCCACCACCACCUCUUAUCAACCUGUGAUGUGUAAUAAUCCACCUAACACCUGUACCCGAACUGAUUUCACUGCUUCAUCUCCUUGGUGGAUGCCCUUUCUCAGAUGCUUUUCUCUUCACGUGUGUAACAUCACAUCGCUAUUUUCCAAACACUCCCCCCCCCCCCAUAAAGAUACUUUUGUUGGCACAUUGAUACACCGUAUGAAAUGUAUAGGUUCAACAUGUCUUGAGUAAAAUGUAUUGAACAUUUACGACGGUCAUUUUUUAUGAUGAUAAAAAUCAGUCUAAACAUGCUGCACAUUACUAAAUAAUGUAAGCAUUUUUUAAGUGUGUGACGGUAUAGUUAUUUAAAUGACAUUUACUCUGUUGAAAAACAGAAUAUGAGAACAAUGUUAUGGAGCUCGAGAUAUAAAAUAUGGUGUUUGCAACAAUUGGCUAAACUAUUUUCAGAAGCAUUUUUAUAAGCGUAUUACCAAAUGUUUUGUUCUAUACUUUUUUCACAUUUUGUUCAGAAACGUAAUUUUUUU